GCGCACCUCUGAUUGGAGGCCUGUGAACUCUGCGUGGCCCUCCCUUCCUCCAGUCUGGUUUUCUGGAAAUCCCCGAAACGCACGCUUUUCACUGGAAAACAUAUUGCUUUCUAGCUGCUACAGAGUUGCUGUUUCUUUGACAUCUUUGCAUUGACAGAGAACCGAGGUGCGGUAAGAAAAUAUUCAUCACCAGGAGGCGAGAUCGGAUCGCCUUUCUUCAUCUCCUGCAUAGAGUCCCUGUGUCCAGUCCUCUCCUCCCAUCGGUCCAGUGAGCAGUCGAGAGAAUGAACGGAUACAGGAUGGAAGAGCAGGAGUUGAGCUUCCCCAUGAGCCAGGGGUCCUUCCAGCAGCUUUGGGAGACCAACAUGAUUACUCAGGGGUCCAAUAUUCCACCGUUUGGGACUGGAAACUGGUCUGACAUGGAUGUCUCGCUCGCUCCCGUACUUCCCGAGGCCACCUUCCACGAGGACUUUGACGAGGGGCUGUUUGAGCUGCCUGAGCCUCUGGCCGUGGAGCCCUCGAUGUCGCCCCUGGACAUCGUGCCUCCCCCCGCCGCCACCGUACCUUCCACCAUCGACUACCCGGGGGAGCACGGCUUCCAGCUGCGCUUCCACAAGUCUGGCACCGCCAAGUCUGUCACCUCCACCUAUUCUGUGCAGCUGAUCAAGCUGUACUGCCAGCGGGCUAAGACCUGCCCGGUGGAGGUGCUGACCACCAAGGAGCCCCCGCCAGGAGCCAUCCUCCGUGCCACCGCCAUCUACAAGAAGUCAGAGCACGUGUCCGAAGUGGUCAGCCGCUGCCCCCACCACCAGAGCACGUCUGACAGCUAUGAAGGUGUGACCCACCGCAGUCACCUGAUCAGGGUGGAGGGGAGCCAGCGGGCUCAGUACCUGGAGGAUGGCAACACCAAGCGUCAGAGCGUGCUGCUGCCUUAUGAGCCUCCUCAGCUGGGCUCUGAGGCAACUACUGUUCUCCUGAACUUCAUGUGCAACUCCAGUUGCAUGGGUGGUAUGAACCGACGGCCCAUCCUCACCAUCCUGACGCUGGAGACCCAGGAUGGUCAGGUUUUGGGUCGUCGUUGUUUUGAGGUCCGAGUCUGUGCCUGCCCCGGCCGGGACCGCAAGACCGAGGAAGAGAACGCUAACAAAGCUCUGAACGGGACCAAGAACACCAACGGCACCAAGAGAAAGUCCCAACAGGCCCUGCCGCCUCCGGGAACCAGUAAGAAGAUCAAGAGCGGCUCUAGCACUGAGGAUGAAGACAAGGACAAUGUAUUCUUGUUGCAGGUUCGUGGAAGACAGCGCUAUGAGUGGCUCAAGAAGAUCAACGACAGUCUGGAGCUGGUGGACCGCAUUCCUCCCGCUGAGCAGGAGAAAUACAAGAAGAAAGGUUUCGCAAAGAGCCGCAAGCAAGAAGCGUUUGCUCCAAAGAGUGGAAAACGGAUGCUUACAAAGGAGGAGAGGAGCGACUCGGACUAAGGCCAGGACACCUCAGCCCUUCCCUACUGUAUUCCAGACCAACAUUAAAUUGUGACUCCAAAGUAAAUGCCCAAUACCAAACCCUAGGCAAUACAUGUAGUCACUUCUUACAAGUCUGAAAGGAUAGGUAUUAGCAAGAUGGUAAUGGCUCCACCUAGGCAGCCAUACUCAACAGGCUGACCGUGGCCUGAAACCCGGACCAGAACGUUGUCAAUACGGACUUUGGGUCCCGCCCCAAAAAUUAUAAUAUCCCUUGGUAUCAUAUGAACACACAAGGCAUGGCAAAAUGUGUAGAAUUGUGGGAAAUGAGCUUUAACACUACAAAAAAUGUCUCUGCCAACAAGAGGGGUGUGAAUAGUUUGGGGUUACAUGGGUUGCAAGGUGAGGUUCGUUACUACACUGAUAAAUGACAAUAUCCAUCCGGACCUUUACCAUCUAGGAAAUUUGUGUUACCAGACCUUCUCAUAGUACUUGAGUACAAUUAUAGAAUUUUAACCAUAUUUCAGAUGCCAGUCACUUACGGUACAAUACAAAGUGCAUAAAUGUAGGACCUAGGGUUUGGAUUGGGUAAAUAGGCUGACCACCACCAUGCCAGUCACUUUCGGUACAAUACAAAGUGCCUAAGUGUAGGACCUAGGGUUUGGAUUGGGUAAAUAGGCUGACCACCACCAUGCCAGUCACUUUCAGUACAAUACAAAGUGCCUAAGUGUAGAACCUAGGGUUUGGAUUGGGUAAAUAGGCUGACCACCACCAUGCCAGUCACUUUCGGUACAAUACAAAGUGCCUAAGUGUAGGUCCCCCCCCACUGCCUUAACUAUCUGGUGUGACUUCCUCCUCACCUGCCCCAAAAGAGCACUUUAGCUUGUGCUUUUAUGAUUUGGACCAAUUAAAACCUGCCAAAAAACUAUGCUUUGUUACCAGUUAAUUGGCCAGUUAGUAUUGUUAGUAUUUUUGAUACCUGCUAAACAUAACCACUGCCUUCAUUCCUCCCCCUGAACCCUUGCCCUGGUUCCCUGUUAAUCAUGGUCCUAUUGAGGCAUUGGUCUUUCUUUUUCCCCCAUUUUUGUACUGCUGAUCUAGAAACUAGUUUUGUACGUUCUUUUAGGAACUGUUAAACGAUUUUGUCUUCUCAGAAUGUUUUUUUUCUUGGUUUUUAAUAAAUGUUUUUAUUUUAUUUUACUAAUUACAGCGUUUUGUCCAAUGUCUUUUCUCUCCUAUGCAGAGUUCUGAUACUGUGCAUAUGAUAUACUUGAUUAAACACAUUUUAUAUUGGUUUACUUUAUGGUUUUCUGAUGGAAGCUGUUUUUGCUGAUGUCAUUUGGUGCUGAGACAUGAUGCUCUAUUUUGUUUAGGGAAAAAGGAAAAAUUUCAGGGAUCUUAAAAAAAUUAAAAUAAAAGCAAUUUCCUAAAUAGUACUGUAAUCCUCA